UGCUGAAGGUUUUAAAGAGGGGAAAAUUCAAAGAGGGCAAAUCUUUCUUGUUAUCCAUUUUGGUUCGCUGCUGUUUUCUUUAUAUCUAUCCUCGCUCUAGGGUUUUUGGUGAAAGGUGAGAGGAAGACGACGGUGGGCGAAGAGAUGGGUUUCGACUCCAUGGCGAAAGACGCUUCGGUUCCCACCAUCGCCGCAAGGGAUGCCGGCAAGAAGAAGAGGACCAACAGGUCGGCGAAAUUGAAGCAAUGCAAACUUGACGCGAGGCGCGAGCAAUGGCUCAAUCAAGUCAAGAACAAGGAUGGCAAGCAUCCAUGCAUGGGCACUGGCCCCAAUGCCUCCUCUCUUCCUCAUCCACCCCUCCCUCCGUCGGCCAGGAGUAAUUUGGAGACGAGGCCGAGGCUGGAGGAGGAGCGGGAAGAGCACAGCAUCAGUGAUUUCGAUUCCCCGACCCAAAGCCCCACUUCGAGCAUAUCUGGAAACUCAUCAAGAAAGGGUUGCCCCUCCAACUGCAUCAGCAGUGGAAGCAGCACCGAAUCCACCUCGACAAGCGUCAGCGACAACGAGGAGGAGGAGCCAGAUGGACGAGGAGAAGAAAAUGGGGUCUUGGAUGAUUGGGAAGCAGUGGCUGAUGCCCUGUCCGCUGACAAUGAUAAUAACCAUCCCAAUUCCGACCCUGUAGUCUCCAUCGCCGAGCCCGCUGCUUCUCCUGGCACCCAAAAAGGGGCAUUUUGGGGGGCCACUACAAAGCCACAGCCCAUUCAGCCAACUCCAAGAGCUUGGAGGGCUGAUGAUGUUUUCCGGCCACGGAGCCUGCCCAGUAUCUCAAAGCAGAGUAGCUUCCCGGGGAGCAUGGAGCGGCACUACAGUGCCAUUCAACAAGGCAUCCUUGCCCUACCAUCCCCCUGUCCCAUCUGCUACGAGGACCUGGACCCGACAGACUCGAGGUUCCUCCCAUGUUCAUGUGGCUUCCGUAUCUGCCUCUUCUGUCAUAAGAGGAUUCUUGAGGCAGAUGGGCGUUGUCCUGGGUGCAGGAAGCAGUAUGAUGCAGUGGGUGUGGUGAUGGAUGUGGACAGUGGCGGAGUGCCUAAGUCGUCCAUCCGGUUAUCCCGUUCUUGUAGCAUGAGUUCGAGAUUUUAGAGCUGGGGAUGGUCGUUGUCUAGUUUUAAUUACUUUUGCUCUUAUAAUGUUCAUGUGGGAAAUGUUUUAAGCUUCCGUUUACUGCAGAAAUUUUGAUAUCCUAGAAGAAAAUAGUGAAUAAUUUGGGGCUCUAUAGAACAGUUUCCAGGAUAUUGGGUCUGUCUUUGAGUUCAAUUCUUAAAAAAGACGUGUGAUGUUUAUGUUGUUGUAGAGGACUAUUGGUUGUUAAUAAUGUGGAGGUUAUAAAUACUAGUUACAGUGAAUUCUAGAGCACCAUAUAUAUAAGUCUGUUGCUUUGCAUUUA